GAGAAUGGUAUGGUCCUUUUGUGACGUUACUUUCUGGGUUGAACUGUGCUAAGGAGGCCUGUUUUUCUACCUUGUUUAUGUCGACGUUCUUAGUUUGUAUCGAGUGAAGUGAUAUUACUAGCUCUUAUUUACGCCUACGGGCACUUCAAUUUUAUCUGAAUAUCCGGUUAUAGAAGGAAAGCAGCGAAAAUGAAAUGGAUGUUUAAAGAGGACCAUUCUCUUGAACAUCGAUGUGUAGAGUCAGCCAAAAUCCGUAACAAAUACCCUGAUAGGGUUCCAGUAAUAGUGGAGAAAGUCUCAGGAUCACAAAUAGUGGAUAUUGAUAAACGGAAGUACCUGGUUCCCUCGGACAUUACGGUGGCUCAGUUUAUGUGGAUCAUUCGAAAACGUAUCCAGCUGCCCUCAGAAAAGGCCAUCUUCCUCUUUGUUGACAAGACUGUGCCUCAGUCUAGCAUAACAAUGGGACAGCUGUAUGAGAAGGAGAAAGAUGAAGAUGGUUUUUUAUAUGUGGCUUACAGCGGCGAAAACACUUUUGGCUUUUAAAACACUUGACAUCUAGCGACUUCCACCAUCACCCCUCCCUCAACUAUAAACAAAUGUGUGGUGUGAAAAGGAUGACGCAAUGGUGAACAUAAAGAUAGCGAAUGUGGAUGCACCUGUUAUUCCAACCUUGUUUGUGUGUUUUGAAUUAGUGCUCAUUGACAUUCACUUAAGUAGAGGUUUGAAAGAUGGAUGUUUUGCUUAUGUGUGUAAAUAAUUUGUAUUUUUGGUUGGAAGUGCUUUAUAUGUCUCAUCAAUGAUGUAAAAAUAUUUUGUUUGA